AUGUCCCAACCAAGACCACCACCCCCAGGCACUAUUCUUCCGGGAGGAGGGCCCCCUCUCAUACCACAACAGCUCAUCGCACCAUUCCAGGCGGCGUGGGAGAGACACGCCCACCAAGCCCACAACUCGGCUCACCGGCACCCAGUCUUCUUCACCGAGCGGCUCAUGAGGCCGCCUCCGACGCUCGGCGGCCCACCGGCGCCGAGCCUGACGAUGAGCCCAGUGGCGCAGGGCUACGUGUACCAGGAGGGGCAGCUAAAGGCCACGCCUGCUUCGAAGCUGUGA